AUGACAGCCGAGGCGCUGCGUGCAGAGAUCGAGGCCACCAAAGCGUUGACACAGACAGAGCGGGCAAGGAAACGAGAACUGCAAGUGGCGACAGAGGAAGCUCUCGAGCGGCAAAGGCUGCGGCGACAGCUGGAAGAGCACAGGAAGACUCUCGAAAUGGAGCGGGCAGACAACGCCGAAGAGGAGAUGUACAGAAGAGACAUAGAUGCGGACGAGAACGGAGAUGUGGCACACCCGCUUGUCUUUGGCCCAGCGCUUCUUCCUCCCAAAGGCUGCCAUGCGCGUGCAUUCGGUGAGGAGCAUGCGGAUUUCGGUCACGAGGUUGCCAAAUGCGAGUACACAUGGAAGCUUAAUCACAUGUCUUGGCUUCGAGCUGCCGUUGGACGACAAGGAACUGCCCGGUCUGAAUGGUUUCAGGUCGGCGAGUACAAGUUCCAGUUUGUCUACAAUCCUGACGCAGGUUUUGUCACGCAUCACAGGGAUGGCUUUGAAGGCACUGAGAAUAUGUGUGGUUCUGUCGCCAUAAUAACGCCACGCACGCUGGACCAUUUCACACUUCGCUAUAGCGUGUUUGCCAAAAAGUGCGGCAAGGAGUUCGUGCAAUGGGGCAACAUGCAGGAAAAUUUCAAAUUCUCGCUUCACGGCAAAGCAGUUGGACCGGAUGUGCAUCGACUGGGCUCCCCUCCAACAUCAAUCGGAGUCUUCGGCCUGUCGCAUGAACAGCUCUUGCAGUCGGAGUGGGUCCACGACGACGCUUUGACUUUGAAGUUUGUUCUGGAAGUUCGUCCAUGUGGAGAUUAUUCGUCACAGGUUUUUGCAGGAGAGGUUGUGGAUGUUCCGGAGCCGACCCUGCAUCGCGACACGCUGACUCUGCUCGAGGAAGCUGGUUCCAGCGACAUGCACUUCCGGGUGCAGGGUGAGGUGAUCCACGCGCACUCCCAAGUUCUCUGUGCGAGAUCGGAGGUGUUCAAGAAGCAGCUGAACUCGGGAAUGCAGGAAGCCAACUCGAAGCUGAUCGUGAUUGAAGACUGCAACGCUUCCACUUUCAAAGACUUUUUAAAGUUCCUGUACACUGACACCCUGCCCACCGUCGAGGACCUGGCAGAAGAGCCAGCGAGCCAAAGCUUGAAAGAAGAUGGCAGUCGGCAUCCUUCACGGAUGGAGGCAUUGUGGGCAGUCGCUCACAAGUAUCAGGUAGAACGGCUUCAGCGUUGGUGUGAAGCGCAGCUCUGCAAGCAGCUCAGCGCGGAGCGGGUCUGCAGCGUCCUUCGCCAGGCCCAUGUCUUCGAGGCCACGCAGCUCGAGAAGGUUUGCCUGUCCUACAUCAAAGACAACUUUGCGGAGGUGCUCGGGCUUCAGGCCUACAGCGAUCUCAUGAGCAAAUGGCCUGAGGUUGCGCUGAAGGUCCAACUCUACUCGACGGGCGUGCCAGAAUCCCAGGCAGCUGCAAUCGUGCAGGCUCGCAAGGUACGAAAGUUGGAGGAUGGAGUGGAGAAGAUUUCGUAG